UAAUUUAUAGGAUUCCACACCCCUCAAUAAAUCUCACCUCCACUCAAAACACCACCUUCCACACACACAAAGACAGAUCAAGAUGGACACAACAGUCAAACUCACAUUCUGCUACUUCUUGUUCUUAUUCCUCUCAUCCUUCAAUGUUUCAUUACCCGAAACGACCAAUGUCGUUGCUGCCGACACCUUAAGAACACCAAGAAACCCAUUUUCUCCUAAAUCUUCCAUAAUUCGUUAUUGGAAGACACAAAUCCCCAAUAAACUACCCAUCCCGUAUUUUAUUUUAUCCAAAGCUUCUCCACUUCAACCCUUAGAAUUCUCAUUAUUUACAAAACUAGCCUCAAACCACUCUCUUUCAUCCCACCUUUCUUCCUUCUGUUCUUCCGCCGGUUUAUUCUGCUUCUCCGGUUCAACCGCCAUUAAUUCCGGUCACCCAAAAGACGCCAACUUUGCCGUUUACGACGGCAAAAGCUUCAACAGCUACGGCGCCGCCAGCAUAGGCGGUGCCGACACCUUCAAAAACUACUCGGAGAACACCAACUUUGCAUCUAGUGGUUUUACUAAAUACAGCGGUGGGUCCACCAGCCACCGUGAAGGGUUCACCUCGUAUGCCACUAAUGCCAAUGUGGCUACCUCCAACUUCACCAGCUAUGCCACCGGUGCCACCGGCGGAGACGGUGAGUUCGCCGCGUACAUGCCGAGUGUCAAUGUGCCCGAUCUCCGGUUCGCGUUGUACUCGGCCGACGGAAACAACCAUCCCAUGAUGUUUAAUAGUUAUGCCGAUGACGCGAACUCGGGGACCGAACUGUUCUCGAACUACGCGAAGAAUGGGAACGGUGUUCCAGUGGGAUUUACCGGGUAUGGUGGCUCGUCGAAUGUGGUGGGGUCCACUUUUUCGCACUAUAGUGAGUUUGGUAAUGGUGUGAAUGAUAGUUUUAAAGCGUAUACGUCUAACGCGAAUAACCCAAGAACCGAUUUUAGAGCGUAUGGUGGUGGUGGAGGAAAUGGCGGGUCGGAUAGUUUUGUGAGUUAUCGGGACGGGGCAAACACAGGUACCGAUACGUUUGUGUCGUAUGGUAGGAAGUCAAGUUUGGGUAAGACGGGUUUUGUCAAUUAUGGGAAAACUUUUAACCCGGGAUCCGACUCAUUUAGAGAAUACGGUAAAGGGUCCACGGGUCAAAGUACGGAUUUUAGUAUAUAUGGGUUGAAUACCACGUUCAAAGAGUAUACCAAAACCGGGGUUACUUUUGGACAAUACACAAAGCCGGGCUCAAAUGAAGGUUCCGUAAAGGUCGAUGGCAGUUUCGUAAAUAAAUGGAUUGAACCGGGCAAGUUCUUUAGAGAGAGAAUGUUAAAGAAAGGGACAGUGAUGAUGAUGCCCGACAUUGUUGACAAAAAUCCUAAACGGUCUUUUCUGCCCCGAGCCAUCACGUCAAAACUACCUUUUUCCAGUGACAAACUGUUUGACGUGAAGGAAGUUUUUGGGGCUCAAGACCACUCUGUUCUGGAGAGUGUGUUAACCAACACACUCUCAGAAUGUGAGCGGGCACCAAGCCCGGGUGAGACCAAGCGGUGCGUUGGCUCGAUUGAGGACAUGAUCGAUUUUGCGGUUUCGGUUUUGGGUCAUGAUGUGGUGGCUAGGACCACGGAGAAUGUUAGAGGAUCAAAGAAAGAGGUAAUGAUUGGGGAAGUCAAAGGGGUCAACGGUGGGAAACUCACGAAGUCAGUGUCGUGCCAUCAAAGCCUUUACCCGUACCUAUUGUAUUACUGUCAUUCUGUUCCGAAAGUGAGGGUCUACAUGGCGGAGAUACUUGAUGUGUCUAGCAAGACAAAGAUGAACAAUGGUGUUGCCAUAUGUCAUAUAGACACGUCAUCAUGGAGCCCAGGGCAUGGUGCUUUCGUGGCACUUGGGUCGGGUCCGGGUCACAUUGAAGUUUGCCAUUGGAUAUUUGAGAAUGACAUGACAUGGACCAUCGCAGAUUGAAGACCAAUUGUGUGCCUUUUUUUCCUAUAAUAUAAAGACAUAUUAAUGAUGUGGUCUUGAGAGUUUAUAACCCCAUUGUUGUCGAGGAUUUUGUAAUAUAAUGUGACAGUCUCACACUAUUCUACUCACAAUUUUAUCAUUAUAUGCACUUUAAUGUAAA